AUGAAAUCGCACGCGGUGUGCUCCCUCCUCCUUGCCCUGCUCGUCGGGUUGACGCGCCCGUCGCCGUGCACGGCCUCCCUCUACGUGCCCCCGCCACCGGUCAUGGCCUACCACCACGGCGCGGUGCUCGAUGGCACCGUGCCGGUGUCCGUGCUCUACUACGGCGCCUUCUCGCCGCACCACAAGGCCAUCCUGGCCGACUUCCUGCUCUCGCUCUCGCCGCGCGCGCGCCCGCACGCCUUCGGCGCCCCUGCGGCCGCGUCGCCGUCCGUGGCGCGGUGGUGGGAGACGGUGGACCGGUACGUGCAGAGGGCCGGCAGGGAGCGUACGCGUGUGCUGCUGACCAACCAGGUCUCCGACGAAGGGUGCUCGCUAGGGAAGCGCCUGUCCCGGCUCCAGGUCGAGCAGCUGGCGGCGCGGCUCGGCGUGGCGCCCGGGGGCGUGGCCGUCGUGCUCACCGCCGCGGACGUCGCCGUUGAAGGGUUCUGCGAGAGCUCCUGCGGGCUGCACGGCUCGGAGGCGCCCGGCGGGGCCGUGCACGUGUGGGUCGGCAACGCGGCCGUGCAGUGCCCCGGCCGGUGCGCGUGGCCGUUCCACGCCGCGGAGGGCUACCCAGCCGGGCCCGCGCUCCACAGGAGCGGCGACACGCUCCGCGCACCCAACGGGGACGCCGGAGUGGACGGCAUGGUGAUCAACCUGGCGGCGCUGCUGGCCGGCGCGGUGACGAACCCGUACGGGCACGGGUACUUCCAGGGCGACGCGGGCGCGCCGGUGGAGGUCGGCGCCGGGUGUCCCGGCGUGUACGGCCGCGGCUCGUACCCCGGCUAUCCCGGCAAGGUGAGGCUGGACACGACCACGGGCGCCGGGUACAACGCGGUGGGCAGGAACGGCAGGAGGUACCUCGUGCCGGCCCUGGUCGAUCCUACCAACUACUCCUGCCUGAUCAUGGCCUAGUCGACUCAAGAACCAAGCCGUCGAGUCCUGCGCGUUUAUAUAGGAGACUUCAAGAAAAUCGCUUGCUGGCGUUCAUCGAUCUCUACAUUGUCACGUACGUGCACACGCAGAGUCAUAACACAGUAGACUUGUGUGGUUCAGGAUGCAGCACAGGAUAAAGAUGACCUCCGUUCGGGACAUAUAUAGAGCAGAUUUCGCAAGACUUGCA